AGAAGGCCUGUUCACCCCCCCAUCACGCUACCCAUGCUUACAGCUCUCAAAGCCACCUUAGUCUUGUCAGAUCCCUUCGAUGCAUGCGUUUGGGCCACGGCUGCCUGUGCCUUUUUCGGGAUGAUGUGCUUCGGCAAAGUUUCAGUCGCAUCCCGCACAGCCUUCUCCCCUUCCAAACACCUCACUCGUGCAGACGCAUUCUUUGAUCACGACCUGCGAUGCAAGCCCUAUGCACAUCUAGACCUUCCAUCGGCCAAAACCGCACGUCCUGGGGAGAGGCAGUCAGUUUUCCUCAAUGAACAGGGUGAUUUGUGCCCUCUCACAGCCCUCCAUAACCUGGCAAGUGUUGUUCCUGCACUUGCCAGCGACCCAUUAUUUUCGUGGCGCAACAGCAAAGGUGAUGUCCGCCCAAUGGCCAAAGUACGAGCGAUAGAGUGGAUCAACUCGAUACUGGUGGCCUGGGGAUGGGGCACUACCUUCGGACACUCUUUUCGCAUUGGCGGUGCUUUGUUCCACCUUGCAAAAAAGGUUGAUCCAGAAAUCGUGCGAAUCACCGGCCGCUGGAAGUCCUUAGCUUACGAAACAUAUAUCCGGGUGUUCGAACAAAUUUCCUCGCAACAUUUGGCCAACACUGCAUCGCUCUAG